AUGGCGGCAACGCCGUACCGGCUGCGAUGCUCCUUGCUGGGUCAUUCGAUGGACGUGAGGGCUGUUGCGGCCGCGCACAAACCCGAAGGUGCCAUCGUCACUGGCUCGCGAGACCGGACGACGCGGAUAUGGCUGCCAAACGAGGGCCGCUACGACUAUUACGAAAGCCAGUGCCUGAUGGGGCCGAGCAAUUUUGUGUCCAGCGUGUGCACAGUGCCGCCCUCGGACCAAUACCCGUCCGGCCUCAUCUUGGUGGGCAGCAAUGACUGCGGCAUCUACUGUUUCAGCCCCGAUUCACCGCAGCCCUUGUACAAGCUGCUGGGACAUAGCGGAGCUGUCUGUGCCCUGGCAGCAGGGCAGUUUGGCACGCUUCUCAGUGGAUCCUGGGACAAGACGGCACGUGUCUGGUACGGCCAGAAGUGCGUGAUGACCCUCGAGGGCCACCAGGACACAGUAUGGGCAGUCCAAAUUUUCCCCAAGCAGGGGAUCAUGCUCACCGGAUCGGCCGACAAGACCGUGAGACUGUGGAGGGCUGGAAAAUGCGAGCGGAUCUUCACCGGUCACGAAGACUGCGUCCGCGGUCUAGCCAUCCUUUCCAAUAUGGAAUUUCUCUCGACCUCCAACGACCAGACCAUACGGCACUGGACGGCCACCGGAGAGUGCCUGCGCGUGUACGCGGGACACGGAAACUACAUUUACUCGAUCUGUGCACUUCCCGACUCUCCCGGUGGCACGGAGGAGUUUGUCACAGGUGGCGAAGACCGGACUGUGCGUGUCUGGGCUUGCGGUGGUGACUGCAUCCAAACGAUAUCGUUUCCAGCGCAUUCGGUGUGGUCAGUGGCAUGCCUGGCCAAUGGUGACAUCAUUGCUGGCACAAGUGACGGCGUCGCUCGAGUGUUCACGAGGCACAAAGAGCUCCAGGCGCCGCCUGAAGAGCAGGCGGCAUUCGCAGAGGCGGUCGCCAAGUUUGCACUGCCAGCUCAGGAGAUUGGUGACCUCAAAAUCAACGAACUGCCCGGCAAGGAAGCCCUCUUUGAAAAAGGUCAUAGAGACGGCCACACGAGACUGAUACGAGAGGGAGACCUGGUCUCGGCAUACCAGUGGGUCGCAGCCGACAAUACGUGGCAGAAAAUUGGUGACGUCGUGGGCACACCAAACGCAGAUGCUCCCGCCGGCAAGAUCAUGUACGAGGGAAAGGAGUACGACUAUGUCUUUGACGUUGACUUGGACACCGGCGGGAAGAUGAAGCUGCCGUACAAUGUGACCGAGGACCCGUGGCACGCCGCGCAGAAGUUCAUUCACCGCCACGAACUGAACCAGUAUUACCUCGACCAAAUUGCGAACUUCAUUAUUCAGAACACCAAGGGCAUGGUAAUCGGAAAUGCUGUUCCUAGCACAUAUCAGGAUCCCUUCACAGGUGGCUCAAGGUAUAUUCCAGGAACUUCAGCGAAGCCCCAGCCUGCGCAACAAGCAUCACGGCAACCAGGUGACUCUACAGAUGUUGACAAUGCAGCGGGCGACAUGACUGUCGGCGGCCACUUCUUUCCCCACACGUCGUUCGUCCGCUUUGACAUCGCCAACAUUCAGGGGAUCCAGACCAAGUUGCAGGAAUUCAACACUCAGGUUCCGCCCGCUCACACGGUGGACGACAACGACUUGGCUAGCCUCAUAGAGCUGGCUACUAGCACGUCAGCAGUGCCCGGUGAUGCCCAGCUAGGCGCCCUUGACAGGGUGGUGCAUUGGCCGGAAGAUUACGUCUUCCCGGCACUGGACCUACUGAGGCUCGCUCUGCGAAUCCAGGCGGUGAACAGCCGCGUCUGCCAGAUGAGCGGCGCACAGCUGUGCAGCCUCCUGAUUGGCCUGCUGUCGUCCACGGGCCGCAACGCGGCGGCCAACCAAAUGCUAGUCCUUCGUUGCCUGUGCAACCUCUUCUCCCAGCCGAGCGGCGAGGCGCUGGCGCUGCAGGAGCGCGAGCGUAUACUGGGCGCGCUCCAGCGACGAGCCGGGGCAGGCGGGGCCAACAAGAACACGCAGAUCGCCAUGUCCACGCUACUGCUGAACUUUGCCGUGGCGCACCUGCGCGAAGGGGCCGUCUGCGACCCGCAGGCCACGGAACGCAUGGUGCAGCUGCUCACCACAAUGGUCGCCGUUGCGGCGGAGUUGACCGAUGGCGAGGCGCAAUUUCGGCUUCUCGUAGCGGCUGGGACACUGUGCAAUGUAGAAGGAACGGGAACCGCCGAGAUCCGCGACCUGGCAGUGGCGCUCGAACUCCCGCAGAUUGUCGAGAAGUGGGUGGCGACAGACUGCCCCGUUAAGGUGAAGCUGUGCGCUCAGCAGUUCCUGGAGUCCCUGAGGUGAAGGAAGCACAAGCUGACCAGCCGUUUAGGCUCGAGGUGUUCUAAACGAUCUGUCGGUUGUGCAUGCUUGUGGCAAAUUCCCGCCUAUCGUUCUCCUUGAGUCGGUGCACAGGUUGUCCAAAUUCUGGAAAAACGAUUUCGCUUUCCCUUCUUGUGAUGCAUCAAAGCACGAUGCCUUUUUUCUAACGGUGUGAAAAAGGCCAAGUUAACAUCAUUUAAUAAAUUCUCAUCAUAUGUAUCCUUUUCAUUACAGCAGUUGCGAGGGAACAUGUUGCACUGAAUUACUGUGUUUGACCAAAAAGGUGCACAACCACCUUCGCGCAAAAGGUCUAAGGCUUCAUAAUAUAUCUUCUCAGUUUGCAAAGCAAUGCCGUGCACAAGUUUCCGUUGUAUGUCGUUUCUUUGUCUCCAUUUUCUUCAAGCGAUGUGAGAUUUCUUGUACAGAGCUAUUCAAGAAAUACCCCUAGGUUUAAAGCAAGCUUUGAAAUUGCUGUGCAACUGUCUGUGACACUUUCCUGUCACAUGAAUGUCCCUCUAUUCAAAGUUCUUUACAUGGUCAGUGCACCCUAAGCCUAACAAAAACGCAGUAUGCAUUCUCUCUCUUUUUCCCACUACUCCUGUGUCGUACUUGUGCAUCCACCCGCCACUUCUCCGAUGCCUGUUGUAAAUGUUAGCUUAGCUGUCCACUGGUCCCGGUGCAAUUCCAACAGCCACAACACAUUUUUUUCUCCCGAGCGCCUGCGUCAUUCCAAACUUGCAUGCAUUUAGGAUAGUUGCAAACUUCUAUGAAAGGAAUAGGUUUUUCAUGCUUGAGACAGAUGCAUCAUUUCGUGCACCAAAAUGAAGCUGCCUCUAUAAGACAUUGCUGCAAAAUUGUUGUUUUACCAUGAACCAGCUAACCGGUGGUAGUCAAAAAUUACCAGUCUUGCACAGCCAAACAAGGCCGUGAACAUUCGCUGGAAUGUUGAAAAAGUAAAUUUGUGUCACUUGGUCGGAA